AUUUAAAAAUAUUUAUUUCGAUACAAAAAAAUUAUGAAAUAAUUGUUGCAAAUAGUUUUUGGAAAUACAAUAUAGAUCAACCAUUUACAUACAAUCAACAUAUGGUACAAAGAUUAGUUGUGAGACGAGUGCGAGAUAAGUCAUAUUUUUCAAAAUACUUACGAUGGCUGCUUCGAAGAAAUUGCUGAUUGAAAUAGAACGAGGAAUGAAGAAGGUCGCUGAAGGUGUCGAGAUAUUUGAAGAAAUUUGGAAUAAAAUACAUAACUCGAAAAACUUGAAUUUGAAGAAGAAGUACGAAAAUGAUUUGCAAAAAGAAAUCAAAAAAUUGCAACGUUUAAGGGAUCAAAUAAAAGUUUGGCUACAAUUGAGCGAAGUAAAAGAUAAAACCGAGUUAUAUAACAACAAACGUUUAAUAGAAACGCAAAUGGAGCGUUUUAAAAUUAUAGAGAGGGAAACAAAAACAAAGGCUUAUUCCAAGGAAGGUCUUGAUGCUGCUCAAAAAAUGGAUCCCUGUGAUCGUAUUAAAGAUGACAUACGUAAUUGGCUAACCAACGCUAUAUACUCCUUGCAAAUACAAAUCGACUUAUUCGAGAGUGAAAUAGAAUCGCUGAAGAGUUGUCCAACUUCAAAAAAAAAUAAGCGUUUAGAUAAUGAAAAGCAGGAACGGUUAGACAGGUCUACAUUUAGACUAUCACGUCACAACUGGCAUGUCGAACGAUUAGAAACUAUAUUGCGCUUACUGGACAAUGAUACAAUCGGAUAUGAGCCUAUUCAUAAAAUAAGAGAUGAUGUGCAAUACUAUAUUGAUUCGUCACAAGAACCAGAGUUUGCUGAAAAUACAUACUUGUAUGAAGAUAUUUUAAGCACUUUUGAAAACAGCGAUUCCCCACGGUCGACAAGUAGUUCAACAGGAUCUAGUAGUAUAGUAAUAACAUAUAAUGAUCCUGGGUGUAAUGGCGCAGAUGCAUCAUCGUCAAAAGAAAGACAAAAUAAAAUUAAAACUGAACCAUUGGAGUCAAUUGCAGAAAUACCAAGACCUACAACUCUAUCUAAAUCCAAUCCUUUGCGUUCGCAUAAAACGAAAGACGUAUUAGAUGCUGGUAUAUCUGCAGCUUCGCGAGCCAAAACAAUUACUCCAUUCGAUAAUAAUAUAUUUGAUAUUGAUAACAAACUUGACUCUUUAACACCAAAUACGUCAGAAAGAUCAUAUAAAUAUGAAGGUUGGAAUCCUGAAGUGACAUUAAGUAAAAUUAUAAAUAAUGACGAUAUACCUUCAACAUCAAAACAGGCGUUGCAAAGUUUGCGCGAGUUUUAUGCACCAGCAAAUCUAGAUAUCAAAGACCAAAGACCUACAAUCGCAGAGGUAGUUGCUUCAGGUUGUGCCACAAAUUGGUACACUAGCACAGUCUCCAGGUCCACACCUAACUUAGUUGUGGAUAAUCCAGACUCUGAAGCUGAAGCAAAUUUGGAGCUUAAGCCAGUUUCGGUGUCUUCAAAUUUGUCAACAGCUGAACUACUUACGCGCGAAGGCGAAACAGUCUUUUUAAAUUCAAGUAACACAAAUGUUAAAUCCAUUCCAGUUUUUGAGUCUGUAAAUUCUGUUGUAUUACCGAACAGUCCACAUAAAAAAGAAAUAAAUUCAUCGACAUCGCGAAGAUCUAAAAUAAUACUAGUCGAUACUUCCUUCAAGCGAAAGGCGGCAGAACCGAAAUAUACAUCCAUGAAUGUCUGUUCAGGAACUACAUAUGCUUCGGUUGCUUCACAAAAACCAUCAAAUAUGAGGAAUACCAGUAAACCACCAUUGUUGAACUAUAAUUCUCCACAAUUUAAAAAUAUUACCUUAAAGAAAACUGCAGCAGAUGUAAAAGUAUCUAAAACGGAUAUGAAAACGGAACAAAAAAUGUUGUCAACAAAAAAUUCCAAAAUCCAGCCCUUGCCCAGCGAGGUUAAGCUAGAAAUGAAAGAAAAUGCUAAUGAUGUCGAUUCAGAUGAAGAAUAUUUUGUAACCGAUCGUAAAACUCAAGUUGGUCCAUCAGUUCUUGGCGAUCGCAUAUUGAAAAUCAAUGAUCCAGUUAUACCAGCAGGUACUCAGGGCUAUGACGAUAUAACAAAAUGGCAGUUAGAAUUGAUGAAUUCUUCUUAUAAUGAGUUUGUGAAAUUUGACGGUUUCAAUUCACCGCCACCCGAGAAAGCCGAUUAUAUACCAUAUGUUGCGCCUACAACUCCAAAGCAAUAUCCCGGAAAUUGUUUUCAAUUCUGGAACACUACACAGUUUUACGACAGUCUUGAAAUUAAUUCCUUGUUUUUCAUAUUUUACUACACAAAUGGUUCCAUGUCUAAUUAUUUAGCAUCAAAGGCAUUAAAAAAACUUCGUUGGCGCUUCCAUCAAGGUGAACGAGUUUGGCUGAAAAGACGUUCUGAUCCGGUACUUAUAACAAGUGAUUACGAAAGGGGCGAUUAUGUGCAAUUUGACUUUGACAAAUGGAUAGAGGAAAGUAGAGACAAUUUCAUUUUCGAAUACAAAUACCUCGAAGAAAAGUUUUGAGAAUUUGGAUUUGAAAAUUUGCAUUUUUCAAAUUCAAUACUUGCAAUCGAUAAAUUUCAAAUUAAUCUCAUCAAAAUUUUCUCUCAUUAAAUCAUCUACACCAUUGCUAAUAACAACAAUAGCACCACUUGUUGAAAUAACGCACACAAAAUAUAUAAGGUCUUAUAUACUGUUUUUAAAUUGCAGCAACCUGACCUCUUCUGGAAUCCAAACAUAGAAAUAAUUCGCCUCUUUGCUUAUUGGAUGGAUCGCAUAAGCUCCGGAAAAUAAACUUCAAGAAUAUAAAAAAGCUGCAAUAUUCUAAAUUUGAACACCUAUAAAUAUACUAAUUAUAAAAAAAGACUAACUUAAAAAGACAGAGUACGCAUGAAACUGAAGCACUCUUCUCACAUGACAUCAUCUCUAAAUCUUAAAAUAAUAUAUAUUUCAUCUUGUUUUAUAACGUUUUGUAACAAUUCUAAAUUGCUAAUAGCAUUUUUGAAAACUUUGGAUAGUUGUUGAUUAAAAUAUAUUUUUUAACAUCAA